AUGUAUGCCAUGCUUAGAACUUCUACGGCCCGUCGCUCGGCCAUGAUUUUACAGCAGCAGCAGUUCCGCUGCGCAUCUACAGAUGCUCCUUUGAUGACCAAGAUUCGUGAGGGUCUCAAGCUAGCCAUGCGUUCCGGAAACACCACUGAGAAGAAUGUGAUUCGCGGCAUCAUCUCUGAGGUCAAAAACAAGACACUUGCUGACCCUGCUUCUGUGGGUACCGACCUUAAAAUGCAUGGUCUGUUGCGCAGCAUGAUUGUUACCCGCAUGAAGUCGAUUGCUGAGUUUAAGGCAGCCGGCCGUGACGACUUGAUUGAGAAGGAGACAGAGGAAAUUGCCGUGCUUAAGCGUUAUGCUGGACUUGUGUCUGUGGCUAGUGACGAGGAACUCGAUGCAAAAGUUAAGACUGUGGUUGAGUCGCUUCCCGAGGCUGAUCGCAAGAAUGUCAACAAGGUGAUGGGCUCGAUUCCAUGGAAGGAUGUGGAGUCUAAGUGGAACUCUUCGCGCAAUGCUGUUGCUGGCAGUGUCAAGCGUGUUUUGGGUGUCCGUUCAUUCUCGACCUCUGCUCGUCAGCUUAACCACUCGAACCCUCUUGGUCUACCGAGAAGAAGUCCUGGAGGGGCUGGAAUUCCAGGCCGAAAGAAAAUCCCCGGUGUUAAAAAGAUUUUGGCUGUUUCAUCAGCUAAAGGCGGUGUUGGGAAGUCGACAGUUUCUGCGAAUCUUGCUUUGGCCUUAUUUGAGAAGGGCCUUAAUGUUGGUCUUUUAGAUGUGGACAUUUUUGGGCCUUCUGUACCAAAGAUAUUCAACCUUUCUGACGCAAGUGAGCCCGAACUUGUGCCGGAAAACGGGCACCUCGUGCCGAUCGUUAACUACGGAAUCAAAACAAUGUCGAUGGGAUACCUCGUGGACCCAAAUAAGGCUGUUGCUUGGAGAGGUUUGCUUGUUCAAAAGGCCCUCCAGCAACUGCUUUUUGAAGUCCAGUGGGCAGGAAAAACCAGUCAGGAACCAGACCUUGAUGUGUUAGUUCUUGAUAUGCCUCCUGGUACAGGUGACGUGCAACUGACAUUGGCUCAACAGGUCCAAAUUGAUGGUGCUGUUCUUGUAUCUACCCCACAAGACCUUGCAUUGAUUGAUGCGGUUCGUGGCCUGAACCUGUUCCGAGUUGUAAAGACUCCUGUUAUUGGCAUCGUUGAGAAUAUGAGCAGUUUUAUUUGUCCUAACUGCCAUCACGAGUCUCACAUUUUUGGCGGUGGCCGGACAGGGGAACAUAGUAAACUUGAGGACGAGGCCAAAGAACGUGGUGUUGAAGUCUUAGCUCAUAUUCCACUAGCUGCUGAGAUAUGUGCGAGUGCCGACUCAGGCCGACCGACUAUGGUUUCUGCACCGGACUCUGCACCGGGUCAGGCUUAUCGGGAAUUGGCGGCCAAGGUGGUUGGUGCACUUGGGCUGUGA